UUAAUCCUCUAUUUAUAGGCUCUGGUUUCUUUUGUUUAUUGGUUGCUGAUAAUCUUCAAUAGGAAUGUUUUGGUUGCUGAUAAUCUUCAAUAGGAAUGUUUUGGUUGCAAAUAAUGUUCAAUCUUUUAUUUGCUGACAAUGUUUUGGCUGCUGAUAAUCUUCAAUAGGAAUGUUUUGGUUGCUUAUAAUGUUCAAUAGGAAUCUUUUAUGUAAACUACUGAUUCUGUAUCAUACAUUGGAUGAUGUGAUCGGUACAGUAGUGUAUUUUCUGUUACACUAACUUGCGUUUUCUGCGGGAUAUUGAUAAUCCCCUAGAUCUCCCACCUUCAGAGUUCCGGUAGCUUUACCGUGUGCGUCCAGGCAUGGUGGCGGACGUGGUUGAAUGGCUGGAAACCUUUUAAAAGGUUCAAGAAUUAACCCUCAAACCGGCAACUUUGAAAUAGUGAUCAAAAAUGGUUGGGAAUUUUUUUCUGGCAUAACUUGGGCAUGAUAAACUCAAUGUCGUCAUCUAUAUGCCAUUUUGUCGCUUCGUUUGACUUCCAGGUGAGAUAAACGAAACAGUGCCUCCAGGCACUCAUAUCGGUUAAAGCAAAAAAUGUGAACAGAUAGGAAUUUUAUUAAGUACCAACGGUUUUAUUCCAAAAAGUUUAGCAGUGCAAUGGAAUCUAGAAAAAUGUGUUACUUUUUUGAGUGCUAUUCCAAAAAGCAAUUUUUUGCCGCAGAUCAAAUAAAUAUAAAUUGCAUACUUCGCAAAUACAUUGAGUUUGCGACUUUUUACAAAAUUUUCACCAUUUUUUGCCACUUUCUCGAGCCAUUUAGGAAGUUGAUUGUUACCAUUGAAACGAACGUCAUCAACAUGAUAUACAGAUUUUCUGCCAACACUCAGAGCAGCAGGUUGCAAUUCAUCUUGUGGUGUAGAAGGUUGACUUGUUGAAGAUGGGCCACCAACCGAACGCGUUUGAGUGUAGCUCACAAGACCAGCAGCGAUCUGUUCUCGGAAUUCAGGUAUCAAUGAAAUGAUAAAAACGGCGAUCAUUGCGUCCAUCCCCAUCUCGGAACGACGGGAAUCUUUUUAUGACUUCAAACCGUUUCAAUGGCGAAAUGCGAAUGUGUUCGAAUGCAUUCUUCAUUAACUAGCUCUCUAAAUUCGGGGAGCGAUAAACCGACAUGUAUAAAUAAAUGCCGAUGAACUGGCAAAUAUCAUCGGCAUUCACAUUGAAUCUCAAGUUUAUAUCCUGAUUAAGUUAGAGCAUACCGGUUCGUCUCUUAAACAAUCAUUUCAAUUAUUACUUUAGGGAAAAAAUAUAGAAAUAACUGAGCCGGUCUUGAGAGCGCUUUUGUGUGCUCAGGUAAGCCACGAAAUGCCACCUCAUUUAUAUGAAGUUUAAGGUUUGUUUUUCGCCAGAUGACUUUGCUGAGUUCAGCAGAAUCUCUGUUUAUUGAUUCAAUGUCUGCAAUAAAAUAUCCGUACGAUCAGUACGUAAAAUCAAUUUUCCAAAGAUGUGAGAGAAACUCUUACUUCUAAUCAAACCACCAUUGGUUGGUACAACUGCUGGACCGGUAGCUUCGGCUAUAAUACUAGUCUCCACAGAAUCCAUAAAUUCAAGAAAUUCUUCGGCUGAUAACUUCGACAAUUUCUCACGCGACAUCAUGGAACGAUUUGCAUAUAUUGUUAGACACUUUAUGAAAAACAGGUGAAAAAUUUAUAAAAAGUAUUUGCCUUACCAGUAAAAAGAACCAUAACUAAAACGCAAUAGAAAAAUGCGACGCGUAAAAAAAUUCGCGCCGAAUAUUCUUGUCAUGCCUGCCUUGAGGCACACUUAGAUUUUUUGCUAUAGAACAUAAAAUCCAACUAUUUUCAACACCGUAGAUAUAAAAACGUGAAGCUUAUGACUAAGACUUUAAGGGAAUAAAAUUCUUGAGUUAAAAUAACGUCUCCAAAAUAAAAAUUUUCGAUGCUGAAAAUCAGAGAUUUUUUAAUACGAAAACACGACCUUCUCCUCCACCUGUUCCCAAAAACGGGAUUACAAGGACAAACGGCCCGUCGGAUUACAUUCUAAUUUGAGAAAGAAAUGCGUUGAACUCAUUUGCGUAAUGAAAAAUUACAUCUUCAUAUGCAAAAGGUGAUUUUUGUGAUCCUUGCCCUGAGGCACUCUUACCGGUUAGAGGGUUAAAGCGAUAUCGGCUGAAAAACAGGUAAAGCAUUAAAUAUUUACUUUUAAUAAAGUUUUACAUGUGUCAAUAAAUUUACUUUUGUUUUGAAAGGUUCUUUGCGCUUUGCGAUUCUACGCCACGGGAUGUUAUCAACGGCCUGUAGGGGAACAAUUGGGAAUUUCACUAACUCAGUAAUCUACCAGCCGCUGCAUACACAAGGUAACCGAACCCAUCAAUAGCCGCUUUUUCUUGUCGGAAGUGAAGUUCCCCAUGACCCAAAUAGAAAGUCAAGCUGCCAAGGAAGCGUUUUCCUUAGCUCCUGCGCCUUUCGUCGGAGGAACCAUCGGGGCGAUCGACUGCACCCACAUAUCCAUUUUGGGUCCUAAAGAUAAUGAGGAAGCAUACGUCAAUCAUCAUGGAUAUCAAUCCAUAAAUGUGCAAAUGAUAUGUGACCCAAAUCUUAAAAUCCUUAACGUGAAUGCCAGGUAUCCGGGAGCCCGACAUAACUCCUAUAUUUGGAGCUCUUCCGCUGUGCGACAAGUCAUGCAGCGAGCUUUUGAAAAUGGAAACCGCAAUAUAUUUUUAAUUGGGUGUUCUGGAUACCCAUUAGAGCCACGGCUCAUGACUCCUUUACCCAACCAGCCAGAAGGGUCACCAAAAUUUCGGCACAAUGAAGCGCUCUGCAAGGCACGGAACCCGAUUGAGAGACUCUUUGGCGUCCUAAAAGGAACUUGGCGAUGCUUAUCACAACAAAGGAUUCUGUUAUAUGACCCCGCUUUCGCUGGUAAAGUCGUUAACGCGUGUGCAGCCCUUCACAACAUUCGUUUGAGUGAGCGGUCAAUUAGCGAUCCUAUUGAAAAUUUUUCAACAGAUUUUGAGAAUUCGGACAGAAUUUUCGAAAGCCCAAAUGCAUCAUGUUCCACUGCAAAACGUGUACAAGAAAGAUUGAUGACAAACUUCUUUUCCUAAAAUUUGUAUGAUUACACUUCUAAGAGUUCAAAAAAUUAAAGCUUAGAAUCCAAUAUUUAUAAGUACAUACUUUAUUAAAAAUGUAAAUAUCACACGCUAUUUUUGCUUAAUCGUAUAUUAACAUUAAUCACACUAGAUCAUAAGCUUUUAAAGAAGGUAUAACCUCUAUUCUGCUCAUUUCUUAUGUUAAAUUUUCCCCUCAAUCCAAAUAUGCAGUCAGGGAUUUA